AUGGCUUCUUUUUCAACAACUCCUUCCGUGUUCGUCUCCCAAGAGGAAUUCAACGGAUUCCACGCGAUAGACAGAGAGCUCUACACCCUCCUGGUGAUCACCCUCUUCCGGGACCCGGCGGAGGCGAUGCAAAUCAUGGCCUUGUGGCUCUGGCUUGAGCACAAAGGCUUUCACAACGUGGUCAAGAAAAUGCUGUCCUUACCCCACUUCCUAAUCAACGAGCUGGCCGAUGAGGCCGUCGCCUGCCUCAAGUUCAUCGCCUCCGAAACCGCUCUCUCACACGAGACCACCAGCGGCGACAACAUCCCGUUGAUACAAUCCCUUAUGGAGAAGGAGAUCAGCUUCCAGUUCUUCCUUGACAACCGGCAAAUGGCACGCCUUGAAGUGACCGAGAUUGUGAACGAGGUGUGCGUUAGAGCAAUGGGUGACAUAAUGCAACAAGCCAACCAAGACUUCGUUUUGCCCCCAACGACGUCGUUUCAUCUCCCAGCAGUUCAGCCAAGGAAUGGCACCACCACCACUACUGCUGCUGCUGCUAAUAAUAAUAAUAAUAAUAAUAAUAAUGGUGCUAUUGAUAGAGAAAAUGGGGUCCACCCAGAUGAUAGAACAAUGUUUAUAACAUUCUCAAAGGGGUAUCCGGUUUAUGAGUGGGAAAUGAGAGAGUUCUUUACAAGGACGUAUGGGGAUUGUAUUGAGUCUCUUCACAUGCAAGAUGUGCAGGCUAAUGAGCAGUCUCUGUUUGCUCGGAUUGUUUUCCGAAAGGCUUCUACCAUUGAUGUGAUACUCAAUGGUGUCACCAAGGCCAAGUUCACCAUCAAUGGGAAGCAUGUUUGGAUGCGGAAAUUCGUCCCGAAACGGACUAAAUUCAUGAUGCAACGGCAGCUUCCCAUUUUGCCAACUUCCUUGUUUGAUUAG